CUGGGUUUUAUUUAACUCCUAACCAGAGCUGUCGAAAGAAUACAUUCUGUCUUAUCAAGCGUAUAUAACAGAUCAUGGCGUACAGCUGAACACACCGCAGGCUUGUCAUGUUGCGUCUGGUUUUCUUCUUUGUUAUAUCGGGGCUGUUCCCACACGACAGUCAUUCUACCGACAACUCCUUCCACCACAACGUGGACUUCACAACUGACGACAAUGGAGAACGGUUCAAGCUUCACAGUUCUGGUGUCCUCAGUGAUGUUGUUGAUCUUGAUAGUGUUGAUGGACUAAAGCGCCUCGUGUGUGUGGAUGACAGGAUCCUGUUGGUGACCACCCAGAAGGAUGUGGGCAGGGACUGGAGAGUGGGUCAGCUCAUCCUGGGGAGCACAACAUGGAGGUGUAAUGCGUCACAGGGAUCUGGUGGAGAUGGAAUCUAUGCUAAGAUCUCCAGCAUCUACUUUCCAACUGAAUAUCGUAUUUCCAUACACGUUGUCCCUGCUGGGCCUUAUGACAUGAUAGAGGAGGCCAACAUUCACUUCCGCUACAGCCCUGGACGAUCGGAUCUGCCCGUUGAAACCAAGCAGCGUCAUCGCCGUUACUUGUCGAACAUCCUCACCAAAAUACUCGGGACUCUCGACUGGCACGCCAAUUUCUCAACCAGAAUACCCUUCAAUGAACAUCAUAAUCUAAGCAGUGGCCCAGACAAAUACUUUGCAGUCCACAAGACCUCAGGUGCGAGACAGUUAAAUGUGACAUUUUCUCCGUCGCAAGAAGACCUUCUUAUGCUGAAGGAUGACUUCACUGUGAGGUGCAUGGAUUGUCAUGGAGGAACAGACAUGUCAUAUGUGUUUGAACUGCUCAUAAAGAAGGUAAACAACAAGCCGAAACUGGUGAAAUACAUAUCACAGCUCGAAGGUGAAUCCCAACUACGGGCUGAUAUUGAAGUGGAGUUCAACCAGGAGAUGGGCGUGAACUACACAACCCCCUGUGGGAGACUGGGCCGAUAGAACUCAUCCGCAUACCCGUGGCUGUAGUCAGGCGACUACCUCCAGUGGAGCUAUCUCUUGCUUACAACACACAAGCUCUGGCAAGCGUCUUUGGUUACCGGAGGCUCUGGUAGAGGCAGAACAGGGUUCAGAGCAAGUGGCAGAUAUACAAUAUCGCAGAAGUUUGAGGCAUCAUCAUCGCUACACGGAGACAUAACAUCUCACGCCUGGACAUCGGAUGGACAGGACACAGUAGAAGAUGGCUGUUCCUGACACAUUCAACGUCACCGUCAAUGUGUUCCAGAAGAUUUUCUUCAACGCAUCUGUUUCCUGGAAAGUAAAGGACAUAACCAUCAACCUGUACCCGCCAAUGGAAAUAAUAGGGAAGCCAAGCAUGAAAAUGGAAUCUGUCAUUAGUGGACUUGAAGUAUGCACUGAAGCGACACUUGCAGUAGAUGGAUUGUUCUCUGUUGAAAAGUCAGCUCUUUCCGUUGAAG